AUGCAUCUGUGGAGGGAAAGGGAAACAACAUUGAGCCGAGGGAAACAAGGGGAGUCGGGCUAUUAUUUUCCUGCAACUCGCUCGCCCGCGCGCCCGCGCCCCGUCGUGCAGUACCCUCGUACGACAUGUCAUGCGCAAGUCUCAAUGGAGAAGGGUUUUGAAACGCGGCAGUUCAUUGUCAUGCAUUGCCACUCAGCUGGCUGGGCCGUGGCUGUAGACUGUAAUACUGUACUAUGUAAGAAGAACGGACUGCGUAUACAUAAUACAGCAACACUAAUGUCUGGUCAUUCUCUGUGUGCUCCGUAUGCUGGUGAACAUCACAGAACACGGGCGAGGCUCACCUUGGCUGUGCCCAUAUCUCGGAAAGGGCCGCUUGAGGUCGGCAAAUUUUACUCUGCCUUACCGGGGACACUGCUACUACUACUCCGUACUAGCGAAAACGUUGCCCAAGGGCGGGACGUCCGUGCUCGACUCUUGUGCACGACUCUCGGUACCUCGCUCCCUACGGAGGAUUACACGUAUGUAUGUAUGCGCCUUUGCGGGCGUCGGGACGCCAGGUCUGAUGUCUCGCAGGGGACGACGCAUAGGCCUCAUCGCGGCCCCGGCGACGGGCAGCUCCAGCUCGCCGACAUGGACCACGUCGUAAAUGCAAUGCCCAAGGCCGCGGACUGGCCUGUUAUGCGCCGGCCACAUAUUUUUUUUCUGCGCUCCGCAACUUGGUCCGACGUCCCGGUGGCAAACAGCGAGAAAAUUUUCACACGCUUCUUCGCCAUGGCAAAGCCCACUCACACGAAUGUCCCCAAAGGCUUGCAGGGGGAACUUGGCGAGCGGGCCGGCUGCUGGGAAGGAGGAGGAGGUAUCAAGUCCUUUCACUGGCCGAGAAUGCUCCUCGAGACGUUGGAAGCCGUGGCGGGCGGCUGCUCGUGUGCCCCGACGCCACCUCCGCAUAGAAACUGCGCUGUCAUAACGGAGGCCGAAGGAAAGGGUAAUACAAUGUCCUGCAGCCCCGGGGGGUGUGUCAUCUAG